AUCCACCCCUUCUGGGUCGCGCUGCAGGGGUUCGCUUCCGGAACUCUGAGGUUCCCCACCAGUGCUGGCAYUGCCCCUGUGGAGCCCGCAGCGACGCGGGCGAGAUGAUGAACCGGACGACCCCAGACCAGGAGCGGGCUCCGACCUCCGAGCCCGUGUGGGAGCGGCCCUGGUCGGUGGAGGAGAUCCGCAGGAGCAGCCAGAGCUGGUCGCUGGCCGCUGAUGCGGGACUACUACAGUUUCUACAGGAAUUCUCACAACAGACUAUCUCUCGGACCCAUGAAAUCAAGAAACAAGUGGAUGGACUAAUUCGGGAGACUAAAGCCACUGAUUGUCGCUUGCAUAAUGUCUUCAAUGAUUUCCUUAUGCUGUCCAAUACCCAGUUCAUUGAGAAUCGUGUGUAUGAUGAAGAAGUGGAGGAGCCAGUACUCAAGAUUGAGGCAGAAAAAACAGAACAGGAGAAGACCAGGGAACAGAAAGAAGUAGAUCUGAUUCCUAAAGUCCAGGAGGCUGUGAACUAUGGUUUGCAAGUAUUGGACAGUGCAUUUGAACAACUUGACAUAAAAGCAGGCAACUCAGACUCUGAAGAAGAUGAUGCUAAUGAGCGGGUGGAACUGAUCCUUGAACCUAAGGAUCUAUAUAUUGAUCGUCCUUUACCCUAUCUCAUUGGGUCAAAGCUGUUCAUGGAGCAGGAAGAUGUAGGACUUGGAGAGCUGUCUAGUGAAGAGGGUUCUGUAGGCAGCGAUCGUGGCAGUAUUGUAGACAGUGAAGAAGAGAAAGAAGAGGAGUCCGAUGAUGAUUUUGCCAAUCAUAGUGACAAUGAUCAAAACCAGCACACUGCACAAAUGAGUGAUGAAGAGGAAGAGGAGGAUGGUGACCUUUUUGCUGACUCUGAGAAGGAAGAGGAAGAUAUUGAAGAUAUUGAAGAAAAUACUAGACUAAAAAGACCUACAUCAUUUGCCGAUGAGCUGGCAGCUAGGAUCAAAGGGGAUGCCUCUAACCGACUAGAAGAGGAGCAAAUAGGAGAAGCAAAAUCCCGGAAGACAUUAAAAGAGAAGAAGGAAAGGAGAACACCUUCGGAUGAUGAAGAAGAUAACUUAUUUGCACCCCCCAAGUUGACAGAUGAAGACUUUUCACCAUUUGGUUCUAGAGGCGGACUGUUCAGUGGAGGACAAGGACUUUUUGAUGAUGAUGAUGAAGAGAGUGACCUCUUCAGGGAAGCCCCCCGGGAUCAGCAACCUCAAGCCCCCAUUAAUGAAGAGUCUUCAUCCACCAAACCUGGAAAGAAAAUCCCAGCAGGAGCUGUGUCUGUGUUUUUAGGGGACACUGAUGUAUUUGGGGCCCCCUCUGCUCCAUCACUGAAGGAGUCCCAGAAGCCUGAGCAGCCCACUCCAGGGAAGACCUCAUACCUCCCAGCUCCUGCUGGCCUCUUCGAUGAUGAUGAUGAUGAAGAUGACUUUUUUGCAGCAUCCUGCAGCAAACCUUCCAAGACAGAAAAAGUCAAAUCCACCAAAUCCACUGCCAGUAUCUUCCAUGAUGAAGAAGGAGAUCUGUUCAAAGAAAAAGCAGAAGCUUUGCCAGAAGCUACUGUGAAUCAGACAGAUGAAAACAAAGCAAGGGCAGAAAAAACGGUUACAGUACCUUCUAGCAAAAAUCUCAAGUUCUUGUCAGAAACAAAGACUCAGAAAGGUUUAUUUUCGGAUGAGGAGGACUCUGAGGAUUUAUUUUCUUCUCAAAAUGCAAGUAAGUCCAAAGGUGCAUCUCUCCUGCCCAACAAACUCCCCACGUCAGUCUCCCUUUUCGAUGAUGAAGAUGAAGAGGAUAAUCUUUUUGUGGUUCCAGCUGCUACAAAGCAGACAUCAUCUCUACAAACUCAGAGUCAAGAGAAAGUAAAACCCUUGGAGCAGUCCAAAAAGAAAGCAUCUACUUUGUUGUUCAGCAGUGAUGAAGAGGACCAGUGGAAUAUUACUGAUUCACAGACCAAGUCAGCAUCUGACAGCAGGUCCAAAGGAGAACUCCGGGACUCAGGAACCAACCAGGGCCAGGAGGCCAAGGUGGUGAAAAAAACGAGUCUCUUUGAAGAGGAUGAUGAAGAUGAUCUAUUUGCUAUUGCCAAGGACAGUCAAAAGAAGACCCAGAGAGCAUCACUCCUCUUUGAAGAUGACGCUGAUAGUGGAAGCUCUCUAUUUGGCUCUCCUCCUGCAUCUGUUCCUCCUGCAGCAACGAAGAAAGAGACUGUCCCUGAGGUGCCACCUUUGCUGUUCAGUGAUGAAGGUGAGAAGAAGACACAAGUUGGAGUGAAACCCACAGAUAAGAAUGUCGAGAGUGCCAAAGCAUCAUCAGACUCGGGGAAAAUUGACACAGCUGCGACAGCAGGAAAGGAAGGACUUUUGACUACAUCUGCUCAGGAUGCAGCCAAGAAUUCUGAUUUAUUUUCUUCAUCGUCUUCAUUAGACAAAGGAACCAAGGGUAGAACCAGAACUGUUCUUAGCUUGUUUGAUGAUGAAGAGGAUAAAAUGGAAGAUCAAAACAACAUUUCUGCUCCACAGAAAGAAGUAGGAAAGGGUCAAGAUCCUGAUGCCCGCCCCAAGAGCACAGGUGUGUUUCAGGACGAAGAGCUCCUCUUUAGUCACAAGCUCCAAAAGGACAAUGACCCAGAUGUUGACCUUUUUGCUGGCACCAAAAAAACGAAGUUGUCAAAGCCAAGCACUGGGAGCCUGUUUGGUGAUGAUGAAGACGAUGAUCUUUUCAGCUCUGCUAAGACCCAGCCUGUGGUACCAGAAAAAAAGAGGGUAGUGAAAAAAGACCAUUCUGUUUCCUCUCUCAAGAACCAAAAACAUCCAGAGUCAUCUCAAGGUAGCAAAGAAAAAAGCAUAUGGAAACCAGAAACAUCACAGGAUUCGUCAGGUCUCGUUCCAUUUAAAACCAAAGAACCAUCCACUCGGAUCGGGAAAAUACAAGCAAAUUUAGCAAUUAACCCAGCAGCCUUGCUGCCUUCAGCGGUUCCCCAGAUCUUGGGAGCAAAACCUGUUUCACCAGAAUUGGCUUUUCCUUCAAAUGAACCUGGAAGGAGCCACGGUCUGGAAAGUAUGCUUCCUGGCAGUGCAGAGGCUGGUGUGAGUUUCGAUCUUCCAGCUCAGGCAGACACCUUACACAGUGCAAACAAGAGCCGUGUCAAAGUGAGAGGGAAGCGCAGACCACAGACCCGUGCAGCCAGGCGGCUGGCUGCCCAGGAGUCCAGUGAGGCUGAGGACAUGAGUCUACCCAGAGGACCCCUUGCACAAUUGGCAGAUGGUGCCAUUUCACCAAAUGGCUGGCAACCUCAGCCUAGAGCAGCCAGUGGAGAGGUCUUUCAGGAGGCAGUGGUUGCUGCUGCUGCUGCUGCCCCACCUUGGGAAAAUAGUCCUGUUCCUGCAAUGGACAGAAGUCCCUUUGCAAAGUCCCUGGGUCAGUCCAGAGGUGAAGCUGACCUGUUUGAAUCUGGGGACAUCUUUUCCAGGGGCCCAGGGUCUCAGUCCAUGGAGAGAUCAAAAGCCAAGGGGAAGGCAUCAGAGACCAUGGCCCACCCACCAGCAGGGAGUAAAGAAAAAAGCCCCCUGUUUCCUGUACUUGGUGAAGCCAGCAGUGAUGAUGAUCUCUUUCAGUCUGUUAAACCAAGACCAGUAAAGAAAGCAAAUCCCUUUCCCCUCUUGGAAGAUGAGGAUGAUCUCUUUACAGAUAAGAAAGGCAAGAAGAAUGAAUCAAAAUCUAAUAGCCAUCAGGAAGUCAUGUCAAAAACAGAAGAUAUUUUUGAGGAUGAUAUAUUUGCUACAGAAGCAAUUAAACCCUCACAUAAAAAAAGGGAGAAGGAGAAAACUUUGGAAUCCAACUUAUUUGAUGAUAACAUUGAUAUCUUUGCUGACCUAACUGUAAAACCCAAAGAAAAGUCCAAAAAGAAAGUAGACGCUAAAUCUAUAUUUGAUGAUGAUAUGGAUGAUAUAUUCUCCUCCGGUGUCCAGGCUAAGACAACCAAACCAAAAAACCGAUCUGCACAGGUGGCAUCUGAACCAAGAUCUGAACACAAGGGGUCUAACAUAUUUGAUGAUCCCCUGAAUGCCUUUGGAGGCCAGUAAAGCAUACAGGGUAUCCAUAUCUCACCCUUUAGCUGUGUUCUUCAGUAAAUGAUGCUGUCUUAAUGCUUAUUAUUUUAACCUGAUUACACAAAGCAAACACUGAAACAACUAGCUCACCAUUUACCCAAUGUACUUGAUAUUUUCUGCACUGAUUUUAACCAUGCUUAAUACUGUAAAACAAAUAAAUGUUUCAUGGAG